ACUUGGUGAACAUGAGAAUUGCGUGACCAAUAAAGCUUGGAUUAGAUCAAAUUACAAGUAAAGUAUCCAAUCUUCAUCGUCAUCUUGAAACAAACUUACGUAGAUGCCUAAAAUUAACAUAAAAGCAAAUAGUUGUCUGAUAUGAGGUUUUUUUUUCCUUAAUUUUUUUUUUAUUUCAAGAAAUUAAUAAAGUGGCAAAGUAAUAUUCCAAUACAGCAUCUAGCUCCCCUAUAUAUCUUCCAUCCCUAGCUAGCUAGUUCUAUAUUGCUUGGAAUUACCUCCUGUAGGAGUCUGGGUCGUGUCUCAGUUCCAGUGUGACUGAUCAUCCUCUCGAACCAGUUACUGAUCAUCUCCUUGGUAAGCUAUUGUCUCACCGACAAUACUUACGCGAGAGUAUGCGGACGACGUGAUGGAGGUGCCGAUACACCGACCGGAGUCUAAGGAAACCUACCUGUUAACAAAUGCCAGGAAAGGUGCUUGGACUGAAGUGGUGAAGUUAUACAAGGAACACCCAGAGGUUCACAAGCUCAAGGUCUAUACAUCAGGGGACACCAUGCUGCACAUUGCUGUGUCGGAAGGAAAACAAAGUGUUGUUGAUGGGCUAGUGUGGGCACUGAGUGCGAAUGUGGAGGCUCUGAAAGUGAAAAAUGAGGAAGGGAAUACCCCUCUCCAUGUUGCAGCAUCACUGGGGCUCGACAGGAUGUGCGAUUGCAUUGCGAGUAAAGACUCUGAACUAAUCGGUGUUCGGAACAAUAAGGGCGAGACUCCUUUCUUCUUGGCCGCUCAGCGCGGUAACAGAGACGCUUUUCUUCGUCUCCAUUCCAUCUGCGGCACCGAGCGAGGCUACGAAUAUUGCAGAGGGAAUGGUGGUGAAACUAUUCUUCACUCUACAGUCCCCGGAGACCAUUUUGAUUUGGCAUUUCAAAUAAUUAUUAGAUACGACAAACUUGUGAACCAUGCCGAUGGACAAGGACUUUUUCCUUUCCAUCUGCUUGCCAACAAUCCUUCGGCCUUCAGGAGUGGGAGUGAUCUUGGAAGGUUCAGACAAUUCAUUUAUGAUCACUGCUUGUGGAGCAGCUUAUGGGCACUCUUGGUUGAUUACUUAAAGCUGAAUCACUGGUUUUUGAGGUUCUGGAAGGUACAAGAAGCUGUGAUUGGAAGAUAGCAGUGUCUCCCUUCUUUGUUCACAAGCAACAAGACUUGGUUUUUGCCAUGUUUCAAUGGUUGUUGUGUAUUGUAUAGGUCCUUUAACCUUUUGUUGUCUUUUUGUCUCUAUUAAUGGCCUCGGCCUUCACGUGAUUUUGUUUUCCCCUCUUUUUUGAGGGCUUCAUGUAUCUAUUUUAUCUUCAAUACAAGCUUACCUUUAACUAAAAAAAAAAAAUGUAUAAUUAACUAUCGGACUUUCAAAUCAUUUUUCAUGUACUUAAUACCCGUUGUUAUUUGCAAAGGUAUAUCUAUUGUUGAGCUCAGCGAAGUGGAAACUAGCUAUGACCAACUCAAUGCAUUGAAGAGUGAAGUCGUAAAGGUUGAUCCAACCAAUACUCAAGGGAACUACCAUACCUGCAUCAACUUCUUUCGACUAUUUGGUGUGUAUUUGUGUUUUUUUUUUAAUAUAUAGAUAUAUAUCAUAUUUUCUAUAAUUCAAUAUUCUAGAAUAUUGCUCUAUGGUUGCAAGUUUAAGGUUUAAACUUUAGUUCCCGAGCUGAAAAUUUGGUACCCCUCCAUUUGUAUAUCUUCAGUGUGACUGAUUUCAAAGUGGUUAUCUUUAGCUAGGUUCAAGCAUAUAUAAAAUUAAACAUAUUUAUGAUUUUUUAGUUAUUUUCUUGUGUUAUAAAGUGUUGAAGUUGAAACGGAGCAAAUUAUUAUUAUUAUUAUUAUUAUUUUCACCUUCAGUUAAUUUUAUGAAAAAUACUCAAGAGAAUGACGUGGAAGCAUAUGGCAAUGGACUAGUUAAUCGGAACCAACAAGGUGACCUUUUUAAUUAAAACCCCACAUUCAUAAUCUGUUUUAUAUAUUAAGUUUCGGCUUUAAAGAUGGUAAGUAUUACAAGGG